UUCGCUUUGUCUUUCUCCCCCUCCCAGUCUCUAUCUCUCUCGCAGAAUCAAGAAGCCACAAAGCCAUUAAUUCCUUCAUCAAUGGCUGACGAAGAUAACACUCAAAGUGAUCAAGAAAUGCAGGAUCCUUUAUCAAUAGCUGACGAAGAUAACACUCAUACUGGUCAAGAAAUUCAGAAUCUUGUUAUGAAACUGGAUGAGCACUACACAAACUUAGAACAAAAGAGGCAGGUUUUUGAGAAUUCAAUUGGAUCAGAAAUCGAAGUCCUCAACAAAGAUCAAAAUGAAGCCAGGAAACUAAGGCACAGUCUUCUUUAUGGAUCUGAUGAUAUAAGCAGCAAUCUUGAAGCUGCAAGCCAGAACAUCGCUAAUGUGAAGCAAUGGCUGAAUGAGAACGCACUGGACAGUGAGGACGAAGAAGAUCAGGGUGCUUCCAGCAAUAAUUUCUCUGUGCUUAUUGUUGAUGAUGAUCGUACUAUUCGAGAAACCAAUCGGCGAUUCAUGGCGUUAGCCGGGACACAAAAGCAGCUAAGAAUGGAAUUUCAAGAGGCAAAGAAUGGGAAAGAAGCUGUCUAUCUUCAUCUUGCUGGGGCUUCUUUUGAUCUCAUUCUUAUGGACAAUCAAAUGCCCAUCAUGACUGGAAUUCAGGCAACACAGCUGUUACGCAAGAUGGGUGUUAAGAGUCGGAUUGUAGGUGUGACUUCUGAGCCCGACCGGCAAGCUUUCAUCGAUGCUGGCCUCAACAACUGCAUUCAAAAGCCACUGAACCCUGGAAAGAUCGUUGAAUUCCUCACUGUUUCCAAAAAGCGAAGAAGGACCGAUACAUCACAAGCUUGAAAGUUUUUGGGUUUCCUUGGUCUCUGCUAGUUUUUUUUUUUUUUUCCCAAGGUCCUUUGAUGUAGAGAUGAACUCUAUGAAUAAAAUUUUUGACU